GUUGCCCCUAUAAGAAGGAGAAACACUGUUUCUGCCUUGUUGAAUUUUCUCAAAAACGUCGUGGGCAAUUUUUCAUCUGAUUCCUUUCCCUGAAUUAGAAGCUGCUGUUCCCAAGGGGGAAUUUCAUGGCACCAAGCAAGAUAACAAGCGAAGACACAAGCAGAGGCUAGAUUGAGCAUGGUUCUGGCGCGGGGGCCUCGAGGUGAUGGGACGCAUGAUCUGACCGCUGGGCCGGGUCUGCGAUGGCUAUUUUCUGGCCUGCCCGUUCCAAGCCAGGAGUUGAUACAUGUGGCCCGUGCGAAGGCUCGGGCCACGUUCUUCCUAGAGUGGAGGGGUCCGCGUGAGGCUGGUUUCACAGAGCAGCGAAAACCUCCCGCUCCUGGCGGUGGAAGGAUUACAGGCCGGUGUCACGCAGGCCCAACAUGGUUCCGUGGACUGAUCCUGGCUGGACCAUCAUCUUUUUCAAUUUUACAAAAAAGGACUUCCCACUGGGCCGAUCCUAGCUGAUUCACGCCCAUUUCAUUUACUUGUUCAAUUGCUAGCUCCAGCAGCUCUCACACUUCAGCACUGGUGGAAUUUGGAAGACACGAGUAUGAUUACGAGGGGCCAAGUCGGUUUUGCUAUUGUGGUUUGAAGGCUCCGAGGAUCAUGUCUUGGAGCAAAAAGAAUCCUGGUCGAAGAGCUAAGGAGGUUAUCUCGUGGCUGCACAACAAUAAGACAGAAUUGGAAACUGAUUUGGAUGAUGCAAGGGAAAGGAUCAAAGCUCUUAGGAAUGUUUUGAAGUGUUAUGAAGAAAAAGGAGAGCAACAGAUUAAGGCAUUGGAGAAGAAAGUUAAUGAUUUGCAGAUGUUGGCAACAAUGACAAUGGUGUAUGCUGCGAAGCUAGAGAAAUGGAAGAAAUGUGAUCAAAUAUCUUUGGUCGUGGCUGUUUUCCUUGCUAUUCUACUUGCUUUUUUCUUGUUUAGGAGUUGGGUUCUACUUGUUGAUGGGAACAGGGGUUUCAAAAGGCUUGAAAAUUAAGAAACUAGGCAAAUGGGGAUAGUUUUGUUUUAUGGGCAUUAUCUGUUUUUUGGUGGGCAAUGUGGUUGUCUUGAAUGGUAGUGUUGAAGGUUUGUAGAUACUGCCCCCAAUAAUUUUAAUAUGGGGCCUCAUUUCUCCCCAAGUUUUGUAAUUUAUUUUGGAUAUAAUGAAUAUAAAUUAACUUC